UUAAUGUCGCUGGGUUCACAGUGCUGAAUGAUCCCACCUAAUUUACUCUCCUUCCUGGACUGGACUGCCUUCCAUUUUUUAACAUGUCUUUUUAUUGUUAGAGCGGCCACUUGAGUAUCUGGUCAGUAUAAUGGGUCAUCUGUGACCGUCCGUCCGCCAAGAGGAAGAAAGUUGGAGAAAGAUGCACGAAGAGGAUGGCGGAGAGGAGAACUCAACACGAGUUCUGGCCUGUAAUUCGGUGGACGCAAGCGAACCCGAAUCACCGAAGGACCCGGUCGCGAAACUAUGCGGUUAUUUGACUAAACUCGCUGGAAAAGGGCCGCUGCGGGGGUUUAAACUCCGCUGGUUUGUGUACGACGAGAGGAAAUGUUAUUUGUAUUACUUCAAGAGUCCGCAAGACGCCCUGCCGCUGGGACACAUAACGAUAGGAGAAGCCAGCUUCAGCUAUGAUGUGGAGGGAGACGAGGGGCAGUUUGAGAUUCGCACCACAGGGAAGGAGUUUGUACUCAAGGCCCCUACCCGCCAGGUGAUGCAGUACUGGCUCCAGCAGCUGCAGCAGAAGCGUUGGGAGUUCAGUAACACCAGAGGGUCUGGACAGAGGGACAGCUGGACUUCCCCAAACCCUCACACUGGCCUGGUGGCCAAAGAUGCAGAUGUCUUUGUGUUUGAGAAGCCCAGUCACAGUGACAGCAUGGAGAGGGUACGCAGCGACUUCGCUAUGGAAACGGACACAGACGGACUGGUGGGUGUCCAAUCGGCACGAGGUCCCUCCCACCAACCCCCCAACACCCUCAACUUUUCCAGCAAGCUGGGUCACUGGAGCUCCGAGAUCAGGAACUCCAUGUCAGGUCUGCGUGUGGCUCGAGGAGGAGGAGAGAACAGACGCUCUGUCUUCUACACUGGGAACAGUGCUGAUGAGUGGGAGAUGUUGGACGCUCCCUCAGCCAAGGACAUCAACCAGGACCACAAACCUCCCACCCAGCCUCAGACUGACAGGCACAGACACUCCAUUGGUUCUCCAUUCACCUUCGACUUCGGACGGAGCAGCAGUUCGUCGUUGCGGCCCAAACGGCCCACUCUACGGGACAUAAUGGGUACAGGAAGGGGAGAGCUCUUCCCCUCCUCCCAGACCACGCCCCCAGCGGAGUGUAACGGCAGCAGGACCAAUGAGCUGCAGCUCCGCCUGCAGAGCCAGGAACAGGAACUGGCACGCCUCCACGAGGAGAACAACAACCUGACUGAGGAGUUAACCUCCCAGAAGGAGCUGGUCCGACUGCUUCAGCAGACUUUGAGGAGCACCCAGAGAGAGAUUCAACCAUCUCCAGGAUUAACUCCAGUACCUGGCUCACCUCCAGCCUCAGGACCAAGACCAGGAUCGACCUCGGUGUCAGCCCCAGCCCCAGGCUUCCCACAGUCGGACGUAGCCCAGAUGGAAGCCCUCCUCCUGGAGAGGGAUGGCCAGGUCCAGGCCCUGUGUUGUCAGAUGGAGCGUCUAGCGUUGGAGAAGGAGAGUCUACAGAGGGAACUGAAAGGACUGAAGGUCAAGGUCGGGGAGAUCAAUGAGCAGCUGAGCAUGCUGAUGGAGACUAUCCAGGCCAAAGACGAGGUCAUCAUUAAACUGUCCCAGACACCCCCCCAGGGAGCAGACGGGAACGCCCCCCCGCUGCAGGACUGCAGCUCAGCUCCGCCCCCCGCCAGCCAGCAACAGGAGAUAAACAAUCUUAAGGACAGCGUUCAGGGCUAUAAAUCCCAGAACAAGUUCCUGAAUAAGGAGAUCCUGGAGCUGACUAUUCUACUGAGGAACGCUGAGUCCAGGGAGAGAUCUCUGGAGGUUAAGUAUGUGGCGUUGGAGGCUAAACUGUGUCAGGUUGAGAGUAAGUACCUGGUGCUUCUUCAGGACCUGAAGAGCCCAGUGUGUUCCUCUUCAGAACAGAGUCCUGCCAGGGAGGUCAUCUCUAGACUGUUGGAGGACGCACUGGACAACACUGAUCCUACGGAACAUGCCGUCUUUAAACCACACCCUGUCAGUGAGUACGAUGUGUUUGGCUUCAGAACAGUUCCAGAGGAGGAUGAUGAAGAGGAGAGGCUGGUAGCCAAGGUGAGGGCUCUGGACCUGCGUUCUCUCUCCCUAACAGACCCUGAGGUAUCAGUGGGGGUGAAGUGGGAGAACUAUCUCUCCUCUACUAUGAACAGAGACAUGGUGCACUGCCCCGAACUCAAAGCCCUUAUGAGGAGCGGGGUGCCGCAUGUCCACCGCUCCAAGGUGUGGCGCUGGUGCGUUUCUUACCACACCAGGAAGUUCCGUGACAACCUGGCUCCAAAUUACUACGAGACCUUACUGGGUGUGGCCAGAGACAAGCCUAAUCCCGCCUCCAAACAGAUAGAGCUUGACCUGCUGAGGACCUUACCUAACAACAAACACUACUCGUCCCCCGGGGCCGACGGAAUACAGAAACUACGUAAUGUCCUGCUGGCUUUCUCCUGGAGGAACCCUGACAUAGGAUACUGCCAGGGACUCAACAGGCUGGCAGCCAUAGCUCUGCUUUACCUGGACCAGGAGGAUGCCUUCUGGUGUCUCAUCACUAUCGUAGAGGUCUUUAUGCCCCAGGACUACUACACCAAGACCCUGCUGGGAUCACAGGUGGACCAGCGUGUUUUUAAGGACCUGCUGAGUGAGAAGCUGCCCAGACUCCACGCCCACUUUGACCUCUACAAGGUUGACUCCUCCCUCAUUACCUUCAACUGGUUCUUGGUCCUCUUCGUAGACUCCGUGAACUCUGACCUCCUCUUCAAGAUCUGGGAUGCCUUCCUGUACGAGGGACCGAAGAUCAUCUUCCGCUUCGCCCUCGCUCUCUUCAAGUACAAGGAGGAAGAGUUUCUGAAGCUUCAGGACUCCAUGGCCAUCUUCAAGUACCUCCGCUAUUUCACUAUUACUAUCCUGGACUGGAGGAAGUUGAUGAGCAUAGCGUUUGUGGACAUGAAUCCGUUCCCCCUGAGGCAGAUCCAGAACCGCCGGACCUUUCAUCUGGAGAAGGUUAGACUAGAGCUGACAGAGCUUGAGGCCAUCAGACAAACCUUCCUCAGAGAGAGAGACGCACACACCGACGCAGGCCCGCUGUGUAGCGACGACGAGGAGGACAACUAGCCAAUCAGAGGGCCCAGGCCAACUAGCACAUCAGUAGAGAGACUGACCACGGCCCCCCGACGCGCGCACGCUUUGUAGCGACAACUAGCAUACAGCCAAUCAGGAGCCAGGUCUGUGAGAUUCUAUCGUAUCACCUGCAGACUCCAGCCAAUCAGGGCCCUAGCCUGGCUGUCCCGCCCACCUUCAGACCAAACAGACGCUGUCCUGAGUAAUGACCCACCAUAUAGCCACAUACUCCCCACUCUCUGCAACGCUGGACCUCCCACCUCCAUGUUCUCCACAUGCUGAGCCCCGUGGCUUGGACCUGUAACCUCCAUGUUCUCCACAUGCUGAGCCCUGUGGCUUGGACCUGCCACCUCCAUGUUCUCCACAUGCUGAACCCUGUGGCUUGUUGAGGACCUGUAACCUCCAUGUUCUCCACAUGCUGAGCCCUGUGGCUUGUUGAGGACCUGUAACCUCCAUGUUCUCCACAUGCUGAGCCCUGUGGCUUGUUGAGGACCUGUAACCUCCAUGUUCUCCACAUGCUGAACCCUGUGGCUUGUUGAGGACCUGUAACCUCCAUGUUCUCCACAUGCUGAACCCUCUGGCUUGUUGAGUACCUGUAACCUCCAUGUUCUCCACAUGCUGAACCCUGAGGCUUGUUGAGGACCUACCACCUCCAUGUUCUCCACAUGCUGAGCCCUGUGGCUUGUUGAGGACCUGUCAUCUCCAUGUUCUCCACAUGCUGAACCCUGUGGCUUGUUGUGGACCAAAACGCUUUUGCCCAUAUGUUCUUUAAAUUACUUUCAGUAUUCCUACCAAUCUUUUGUAAUCGUGUUAAUCUUUUUGUUGUGGCUGAGGGACAUUGAGCUGAGAUUGACAUGACAACCACAGUGUUAUUCUGUCCCACAGCCAUACAGCUGUGAUUGCAGAGCUGGAUCAUGCCAAUCUGAAUCAGUAUUUUUCUAAUAAAUCAUUGUGCUCUUUAGAGAAGAAGGACUGAUUUUUGUAUUCGUAGAUAACCUGACUGCUAUAGCCCUCUCAAAUUAUAGGUAGGUGGGUUUCUUGUUUCCAGAUUUGGUUGAUCAAUGAUCGAUUUUGUUGGAGACAAUGCUGCUGUAAUAUACUAAUAGACAGUAACCAGCACACCUUGUUGGUAGCCCCUGUCUGUCUACGAAGCACUUUGAACCACUUUUACCAAAACGUCUAUUGAUUGGCGCUUUCCAUAGAAACCUUGGACCAAUAAUAGUCCCGUCAUUCCAGACUCCAGUACAUUUCCAGAUAUGCUGUUCCCUCCUGUCCCGCGGAACAGAAGCAGAACCCGGAUUCACUUCAACUCUGUCACUGGGGCAAGAGUUAUUGAACUCUGCACAGCUUCAAGUCCCUCUGCAGUAACAUACUGUCAUAUCACCAUCAUGUGGUUGGAAGUGUUUAUAAGGGAACAUUUUAUGAGGGGAAUUUACUAGUCUUGAGUAUCACCUGUCUUUCUCUUCACUUAUUUUUGUGCUUUCCAGACACAUCAAAUGUUUCUUUGAUAUUUGUUCUGAAAUGUUUCGGCACAUCAACACUGACUAGACCAAACAUUAGGAACCCGUUUUUUAAUAUUGAGUUGCACCCCCCUUUUUCCCAUCAGAACAGCCUGAAUUCUUCGGGGCAUGGACUCUACAAGGUGCCGAAACCGUUCCACAGGGAUGCUGGUCCAUGUUGGCUCCAAUGCUUCCCACAGUUGUGUCCAGUUGGCUGGAUGUCCUUUGGGUUGUGGACCAUUCUUGAUACACACAGGAGACUGUUGAGUGUGAAAAACCCGGCAGCGUUGCAGUUCUUGACACAAAUCGGUGCACCAACUACCAUACCCCCGUUCAAAGGCACUUAAAUAUUUUGUCUUCCCUAUUGACCCUCUGAAUGGCACCACUUACACAAUCCAUGUCUCAAUUGUAUAGAGGCUUAUAAAUCCUUCUUUAACCUGUCUCCUCCCCUUCAUCUACACUGAUUUGAAGUGGAUUAUCAAUAAGGGAUCAUAGCCUUCACCUGGAUUGUCUGUCAUGGAAAGAGCAGGUGUUCUUAAUGUUUUGUCCACUCAGUGAAUGUUUCCACUUAAUUUAGUAUUAGAUUGCGAGUGGCUGACUAUAUUAUUAUAUUGGCCUACUAUAUUGAAUGUGACUUUUUUUAUAUAUAUAUAUAUAUACAAAUGGAGAAUUGUGGUGUCGCACAACGCCCUAUAAACAAUGAAAAGUUGUCUUAUAGUUGUACUGUGAGCUGUGUUUCCUCUGAGAGCUGGUCUCUCUAUGAACCUUCUCAUGUCGAGUGCUGUACCCAUCCAUCGUGUUACCAUGGUUUCACUCCGCUACCUUACCUAUAUAGGUUGAUUAUUUGACAGGAUUGCACCCGACAUUAAAACACUCACUAACUUCACACCCUUCCUGUCGACCAAUCACUUUAAUUUCACACCCUUCCUGUUGACCAAUCACUUUAACUUCACACCCUUCCUGUCGACCAAUCACUUUAACUUCCUACCCUUCCUGUUGACCAAUCACUUUAACUUCACACCCUUCCUGUCGACCAAUCACUUUAACUUCCUACCCUUCCUGUUGACCAAUCACUUUAACUUCACACCCUUCCUGUCGACCAAUCACUUUAACUUCCUACCCUUCCUGUUGACCAAUCACUUUAACUUCCUACCCUUCCUGUUGACCAAUCACUUUAACUUCCUACCCUUCCUGUUGACCAAUCACUUUAACUUCCUACCCUUCCUGUCGACCAAUCACUUUAUGUAUUUGUUCCCAUGUUUAAUUUCUUUGAUCAAAGUAUUGUAUCACCUUGCAUCUCAGCUGGUUUCUUUCUGUAUUCAGCUAUAAGCUAUCCCUUGUUAUUGCUGUUGUAAGGUUUGAAGGUGUGUCUGACCACUCGUCAAUCCUAACACCCUUUUCAAAGCGACACCUUUGCACAAUCAUCAAUGUCUAGUGCCGUAGCGACACUUUCCGCGAAAAACCGUCAGGACAUUUUCUCUUGUAUCUAUGAAUAUUGAAUACAAUUUCCACAGAAAUGGCCCACUAUCAACACGAAUGAAUAUUUUCUAUGAGUUUGUAUGAUCACCUAAUAAACAUUGUUAUAGCUUACUGUG